GCUAACGGAAAAGGCGGAACUGAUGGACGCCUUCGUGAAAAGAUGUUGUUGACUUUGAAUAUUUGGUGGUUUUCGUUCUUCCCUGGUCCCAGUUAACUGACGGAGUGCGUAAAUUCUCCCGUUAAGUGGACGUUGGCAUUCCCCGUUCGUCGGAGAGUUUCUUUAGUAAUGCGGCUCUUCACAUGCUAAAGUGUGAAGUGAAGGAUGCACGCCACGCGAAGCCCCUCGUCCAUCUCGGCCACCCCGCCGGGGGACGCCCUGGACCUCAGCUUAUCCGGCUCGCGGCUCUCUUUCUCCAAGAGACCCGGCGGCGGUGCCGGCAUGUUGCCCGCCGGCAAGUUCUUGGCCCGCUCGGUGUCCGUGUCGGCGCCGUGCGAGGCCCGAGGCAAGCGCAACACCCUGGGCGACGGCGUGGGAAGUCCUCGCUCGGUCAAGAACCUGCGGCGCUCCAACAGCACCACACACGUCAGCCAGCAAGCACACUUUGUGCUCAGUCCGGACCACCACAGCGGCGACUACCUGACCGUGUUCAACAGCGGCGCCGACGGCCGAAAGAAACCGGACGGGACCACCUGGAACAUCUUGGACGAGCAACCCCGGGCACCCGCCGCACUCCCCGUUGGCCGUAGCAGCGCCAGCGCAGACGCACCCAGCGGCAUGAAGAGACGAGACCCUGCCGCAUCAUUCACUGCCAACAACAGGAGCAACAAGGGCGCCGUGGGCAACGCCGUCACCACCAUCUUGCACAACAACCACGGCGACAAGCCGCUGACCCCCAAAAGCUCCAACCAGAGGCCUCCCUUCAACAACCUCCUGAAGGCCAGCGCCAACGACGACGUCUCUCUGGAGAAUGGCUCGCUCACAAAAUCCCAGAAGAACUUUUCCUCCACUUCGUCCAACAACAAAAGUUCGGUUCCGCGCGACAGCCCACCACCGCAGCGCUGCAACCAAGUCUCUGAGGAGGAGGCCGAAAGGUACAUCCAGCAGGUCAACCAGGCGGCCGUCACCAUCCAGCGCUGGUUCAGGCGACACGCCAGGCGGCGCCGCGCCAACCGGGCCGCACUGCGACGCAUCCUGGACAGCAAAAGAAAGGAGUGGCAGGAGCGAGCCGAGACCGAGAGUCACCUGGAGACUCCUCGAGACGACCGCAAGCUGAUUCGAGAAGAAAAAGCUCGCCAGGCGCGCCUUGCCGCUAUCCACGAGCUGCAGCAGAAAAGAGCCCAGCAUCCUCCUUCUCAAUCUCCUCAACUUCUGGGCCCAGAGGCAGACGUAGAGCACCGCAGGGCGAGCGGCAUCGCCCCAGGCAAGAAGCCAGCCAAGAUUUUGUCGAGUCGCGCAUCUCCAACCAACAGCGUCAGCGUGUCGCCAACACACGCCAAAGCCAACAACACGGACUUCCACGCGAACGCGGCAGCCGACUUGAGCGAAGUGAGCUUCAGGGCGGUAUCUCCGGUGUUGACCAAUCACAGAGCCUCGCCGUGCGCGCAGGAGCGCAACGGCGUCACAGAGGAAGAUGAUGGCGACGACAGGGAGUCUAUACGUCAAGCGACACCUGGUUUGUCUCGCCUGGCGGUCCCCGAGCCCAAGCCUUGUGACGAUCUGCAGCCGCCAGCCCAGAUCAAGCCGGGAAGCGGCAGGCGAAGUGCCAGCGCCAGGCUUCCCAUGAGCGCCAGAAGUCCUCCUUCGACCAGGAAUGUCAGCCCUGUGUCAGCGGCAGAUGUCAAGGCUAAGAAUGCGCCAUCUGGCCGCCGCCUUCCGGACGAAUUUGCCGAACUGUCCUCUUUCCGGACCCUUUCCCCCUCCUUGCCCAGUCGCGGCGGUUCUCGGUGUUCUCAGGAGCAUCCUCGCAGGCAUUUGAGCGGCGAGGAUCGAUCCUGCGCGACGUCCAAGUCCACCCUCAACGACCUGCUGGACACCAUCAAGCUGCUGGAGGAGGAACCCGAGCGUCUUUCCGAGCCUAAAUGUUACAACAAAGACAAAUACGCCUGGAUCGACCAGGACGGCGAUGCGGAUUCGCUGACGGCCGACAACCUGGAGCGCCACGUCCAGCUCAGCCUGCCGCCGCUGCCGCCGGACGGAGACGCCGCGGCGCUGCUGUCGGAGGCCAAGCUGCAGAGCAUCAUGAACUUCCUGGACGAGAUGGAGAAGUCGGAGCAGGAGCGCCCGCGUUCCACCGCCUCGCACAGAGAAGCAGCAUUUUUGGAGGAGGAGGCAGCGCUUGCGUUGGACCCUGCCUCGGCCACCGCCACCCAAGUCUUGGGAUCCAUUAUGAAGAUCAAGAUGGAGCUGGAGGAGAAGAAUCGCCUGGUGGAAAUGCUGCAGAAUGCACUGGCCCAGCAGAGAGAGCUGACGGUGCAGCACGUGAAGGAGACGGAGAAGGAGCUGAGCCGAAACCUGCAGCUGCAGAGGGACCAGUACGAAGCCACGGUGCAGAGACACCUCACCUUUAUAGACCAGCUGAUCGGCGACAAAAAAGCUCUGAGCGAACGAUGCGAGGGCGUCAUCGCCGAGCUCAAGCUAGUGGACCACAAGUACACCAAGAAGAUCUCCCAGAUGCAGGAGCAGCAUGAAAUGGUUUGGCAAAUCCUGGGUCCGCUGUGCGAGGAGAUCAAGAAGCUGAAGGAGCUGAUGAGUGUGACGGAGAAGAUCCGGCGGGAGAAAUGGAUUGAUGAGAAAACCAAGAAGAUCAAAGAGAUCACAGUCAAAGGCUUGGAGCCCGACAUCCAGAAGCUGAUCUCCAAGCACAAGCAGGAGCUGAAGAAGCUGCACACGCUCCACGAGGCCGAGCUGCUGCACGCGCACGAGCAGGGGGCCGAGCGCUGCGCUCGACAGUGCGAGGAGCUGCGGAGGCAGCUGGAGAACGAGAAGGAGGAGCAGUGCCGCAAGGAGCGAGACUUGGCCCGCCGCAAGUUUGAGAAGCAGCUCCAGGAGGAGGAGAUCUCCCUGCAGCAGCACAGAAAGCGCAUCCACAAGGAGGUGGCCGACGAGAAGGAGCGCUUGGCGCAGCUGGCGGCCAGGCAGCACUCGGAGAUGGAGGAGUUGCGUCGACGCAUGGAGGAAAACUCCUGCAUCGCCGGAAGGGUUUUCAGGGAGGAGCUGGACAAAACCAGAGAGGAGCAGGAAAGGAGACACCAGGCGGAGCUGACGAAGCUUCAGGAGCGUUUUGACCAGGAAAAGAUGAGCUGGGAGGAGGAAUAUAGGAAGAAACAGGAAGCGGGACUCCUGAGACACGAGCGCCAGCUGCGAGAGGAGCUGCGGCAGGAGCGCGACAAAGAGAUCCAGCUCGCCAUCUGGACGCUGGAGGAGGAGACCAGCAAGGAAAAGGAGGAGAGCGAACGAGCCGCACAAAACAGGGUGAAUCGCGUGCGGGAGGCGUACGAGGCGGAGCUGAAGGAGUUGGAGCGUUCCCUGAGGGAAGCCCUGGACAAGCAACAGGAGCUGAGGAAACAUCACAUGGACGCGCUGCAACAAGUCGACGCGCUCAAGGAUGCACUGCGCCGCAAGGAGGAAGACCUGCUCAUUGUCACGCAGAACCGGGACCAACUCCUGGAGGAGCGCCACAGUCUGGCCUCGGUGAUCCAGCAGGAGUUCGACGCGCGCCUGCUGCUGGCCGAGGAGGAGGCGCAGAGGGCCAGGGUGGAGGCGGAGGAGGUGCGCGUCACGCUGCAGGCGGAGGUGGACAGGAUCAGCAAGGAGAAAGAAGACGAGCUCCACGAAGUGCACCAGCGAGUCAAGGCGGCCAUCUUGAAGAAAGACGAGGCGGUCAAUGCUCUGCGGCGGCAGCACGAGGCUGCUCUGAAGAGGGCGGAGCACCUGGAGGCCUUGUGGGAUGAGCAAAGGAGGCAGCUGAUGGAGAAAUGACCUCAAGACCGCACUCUGAAGUACUCACUCGCACCCUCACAGGAACGUUUCUAGUGUGUCGUGGGUAUUUAUUUUUUUUAAAUGGAUAUCAUCGGGAAAAAAAACACGCGCUCCUUUUCAAUGUUUUUCAUGCGGCAGGUAAAUCCACCUGUUGCGGAUCGUCUCACCGCUCCGCCGUUUUGUGCCGAUGACUGACAUUGAUGUCAAAGUACCUUCAGGUUCGCAUUGCGAACGUCACCGCUGGCCUCUUUUCUGUUUGGUCACCUGACCUUUGAAAUGCAAGGCCAAGUGCACUUUGACCUCAAUUUCAGUUGAAAGUAGAGGGUAGCGGAAGGCCAAAAUGGCCGCCACCUAGGUUGGAUGAAAAUCGCGCUGCUGGAUUCUUAUUCCACGAAGGCAAUUUUCAUCAGAAUACCAUGCUUGGACUCGGUGUAACGCAAGGUGACCUGAAGUCGUAUCUGUGAAGUCACAAGUGACAGGAAGGAUCAGCUGGAACAAACUGAACCCCCUCUCGCCCCCCCACACCACUUUCUGGCCCCUCCCACGACGAAGCAAGAAUGUCUCAAUGAUCCUCAGAUCUUUUCCAGAUGUUUCUGUGACCAGCCCGGGCAGGCCUGCACCACUGAGGGUUGGGUGGAGCCGGGUUGUGUAAUUUAUAGUGACUCGUGUUUUGUUUCUGGGAAGCGGGCAGGAAAGACUGUCGAAUGUUCUCAAAAAAAGAAGAGGACUUGUCGGGAUGGGCGAUGUGUUUUGAGGUGGCCUAAUUGCAGUGUGGAUGCGCCAGCAUGCACCGAGAAGAAUGUUCAGGUGGGGGAAAAAAAGUUUGGGGGGUGGGUGCUCUCCGAGCACAUCAAGUCACGUGACCAAAACGAAGGACUAAACGGAAAAAUGAAGGAAACCCGUGCUGAUGUAUUCAUUUUCACUUGUUAUUUAUUGUGGUGGAAAAAGCUGCUGGACCACCGGGGGGGCGAAAUAACAUUUUUUUUUCUUUCUUUCAAAAUGUGUUCAUGAAAAAUCUAUUGAUACUUUUUCUACUCUGUCCAGUUAUCAGAUGUCUUGUACAUAAUAGAAGAUGUACCACCCUUUUAUUUGAGUGAAAUGCGCUCAACAAUAAACGUUAGCGAGACGAAUGUCACCCUG